CUCACUCUCUCUCUCUCGCUUGCUUUUCUACAAAUAAAACGGACGCACGGGUGAGCAGCAGAGACCCCUCUCUCUCCCUCCCCUGCGUCUCGCUCUCUCUCUCUCUCUCUCUCUCGCUCCAUUUCCUUUUUUUCUUCGUCCUUGGAGGAUCCCGGGAGCCUUAGAGAAGAUCUAGGCGGACAUCGGCUCCUCCACAUUUUCUCGCACCAUUUUCGCUGUUUUUUCGUGGGAUUAAAGAUGAAUAUCUUCAGGUUAGCGGGAGAUAUGACGCAUCUCUUGAGCGUCCUCGUCUUACUCCUCAAGAUCCACACUAUCAAAUCAUGUGCAGGUAUAUCUUUGAAGACGCAAGAGCUCUAUUUUCUGGUUUUUGCUACUCGAUACUUGGAUAUAUUUACAGAUUACAUCUCGCUGUAUAAUACGGUGAUGAAAUUGAUCUUCCUGGGGAGCUCAUUUUCAAUUGUUUGGUACAUGCGCCAUCACAAGAUUGUUCGAAGAUCUUAUGAUAAAGAACAAGACACCUUUCGCCAUUUUUUCCUAGUCUUGCCAUGCUUAAUUUUAGCCCUUCUCAUUCAUGAGAAAUUUACACUGAAGGAGGUACUGUGGACUUUCUCCAUAUAUUUAGAAGCUGUUGCCAUACUCCCUCAGCUGGUGCUGUUGCAAAGAACACGGAACAUUGACAAUUUGACUGGACAAUAUGUUUUCCUUCUUGGGUGCUACAGAAGCCUAUACAUUCUGAACUGGAUUUACCGCUAUCUCACAGAAAAGAACUAUGUGCACUGGAUAACUUGGAUAGCGGGACUGGUUCAGACAGCACUCUACGCUGAUUUUUUCUAUUAUUACUUGCGGAGCUGGAAGAAUAAUGUCAAGCUCGAAUUACCUGCUUGAAUCAACUUUUUAGAAACCAUUUCAUGGUGACAAGUAAAUGAAGUAGAAAAUUCUCUCUCCUACAGGUGUAAUUAAGCAUUCAUUCUUUUUCAUUUGUCUUCUCUGGUUUAUAUUUGCCCUUUCUGGCAUCUCUGUUUGUUGUUUUGGGUCAAAGAAUCAAAACAGGUUCAUCAAAAAGGUGGCUCCAUUGGGAGCAAAAUAGAGGGCCAUUUCCAGGGAAAGAGAAACUCAUUGGCUUAGACUUAAGUUAGCGCAUUUUUAGCUUAAAGGUUGGGUUCAGAUAAGAUUAUUUUGUAGAUUUCUGAAGCGCAACGACACGUGAUAUCCGUCAGGCGACGGGUACAGGUCAUGAAAAAUGGAAUGUUUGUAAAACAUCCGCCUCUCUUUAAGUAUGGACCUUCCCUCAUUAUUCUAACAAAAUUUCGGAUUUGUUUCUUCGUUCCA